CUCCCAUUUCUCCUGUGCAUUUUGGAGAGGAGUGAGUGUGUGACCACAGUGUGUGUGACUACAGUGUGUGUGACCUACUCUGGAGAGAAACAGACAGAGACGACCCGAGGAUGAAGCUAGUGUUUGUGGCUGUGUUAGCGCUCUGUACGCUCAGCUCUGUGGAUAGAGUGGAUUCUUCAGCCUACGACAAAAUUGUGACACACAGUCGUAUCCGGGCCAGACUCCAGGGACCCAAUGUGUGUGCCAUGCAGCAGGUGAUGGGGACCAAGAAGAGGAAGUACUUCAGCACAUGUAGGACCUGGUAUAAAGGCUCUAUCUGUGGGAAGAAGACGAUGGUUGUCUAUGAGUGCUGUCCAGGCUACAUGAAGCUGGAAGGCAUGAAAGGAUGCCCUGCAGUGGCUCCUAUAGACCAUGUGUAUGGCACAUUGGGCCUGGUGAAGGCUAGGACAACCCAGAAGUACUCAGCCCUCUCUAAGCUGAGGGAAGAGAUUGAAGGGAAGGGAUCGUUCACUAUGUUUUCCCCUAGCGACGAAGCCUGGGACCUGCUGGACCCUGAGGUGCUUGGUGCCUUGGUGAGCAAUGUGAACAUCGAGCUGUACAACGCCCUGCACUAUCACAUGGUCAACCAUCGCAUGCUAACGAAAGACCUGAAGAAUGACAUGUCUAUCACCUCCAUGUACAACAACCAAGGACUCUACAUCAAUCACUACUCAAAUGGGAUCGUCACGGUAAACUGCGCCAGGAUUAUCCAUGGUAACCAGGUGGCUACCAAUGGAGUGGUUCAUGUCAUCGACCGUGUCAUCACUAACGUGGUCAACACCAUACAGGACGCCCUGGGAGUUGAUGACGACCUCUCCUCCUUCAGUGCUGUAGCCUUGGCCUCAGGUGUGAUGGAAAAACUGGGCCAGCCAGGUCACUUCACCCUGUUCGCUCCCACCGAUGAUGCCUUCAAGAACCUUGAGGCCGGCUUCCUGGAACGCAUUAUGGGAGACAAUGCUGUUAUCGCAGCCCUGGUGAACUACCACCUGUUAAACAGUGUGCAGUGCUCUGAGGCCAUCAUGGCAGGCUCUGUGCACGAGACAGCAGAGGGAAGCACCGUUGAGAUCGGCUGCGACGGAGACAGCCUGACUGUCAACGGGAUCAAGAUGGUCCUGAAAAAAGACAUUGUCACCACCAACGGAGUCAUCCACCUCAUCGACCGGGUCCUCAUACCUGACUCAGCCAAGGAGGUGAUGGAGAUGGUUGGUGAAUCCCAGAGCACCUUCAGAGACAUGGUGUCAGAGCUCGGCCUAUCAGCUGCCAUGAAGCCAGAGACAGAGUACACGCUAUUGGCUCCCCUCAACACAGCUUUCUCUGAUGAGGUGAUGUCUUUAGACCAGAGCCUGUUGAAGGUGAUCUUGGAGAACCACAUUCUGAAGCAAAAACACAAACUGAGUGAACUCUACAACGGACAGCUGCUGGAGACCGUCGCUGGAAAACGAAUACGCGUCUUCAUCUACCGCACUGCUGUGUGUAUUGAGAAUUCCUGCAUGGUGCGAGGCAGUAAAGAGGGCAGCAAUGGUGCCAUUCACCUGAUGAGGUCUCUCAUCAAACCAGCUCAGACCACCAUCUACAAGGUUCUCAUGGCAGAUGGACGCUUCAAUAUCUUCCUGUCUCUGAUGAAGAGUGCCGGUCUGACAGAGCUGUUGAAACAGGAGGGAUCCUACACCGUUUUCGCACCCACAGAUGAAGCCUUCGACGGGCUCACAGAACGGGACAUCACCCUGCUGGCCAGCGACGUGAACGCUCUGAGGACCAUCCUCCUGUAUCACUUCAGUAACGGAGUCUUCAUCAACGGGGGACUGGAGGGAGGGGUCACCAACCUGCUCAAGACCAUCCAGGGACACAACCUGCAAGUGCUGUCUGUGAACAAGUCCAUCCAGGUGAACUCGCUGGACGUGCCAGACAUUGAUCUGAUGGCCACCAACGGAGUGAUUCACGUGGUAAAGAACAUCCUUUACCCUGGGGACCUGCCUGUGGGUCGCGAGUCCCUACUGGUGCUGCUGAAGAAACUCAUCAAGUACAUCCAGAUCAAGUAUGUCUCUGGAUUCUCCUACACCAAAAUCCCCCUCACCUUCAUCAAGAGGACAAUCACCACGACAACUCACGUCCAAGCGGAAUCACACGUGGAUUCGGUGCCUGAAAUCACCAAGGUGACCAGAGUGAUCGAAGGAGAGCCGACCCUCACCAAGGUUACGAGACGCAUCGAGGGAGUACCAUCCGUCACCAAGGUUACCAGGGUCAUCGAGGGCAAACCCGCUAUCACCAAGGUUACCAGAGUUGUCGAGGGCGAACCCGCUAUCACCAAGGUUACCAGGGUCAUCGAGGGCGAACCCGCUAUCACCAAGGUUACCAGAUUUGUCGACGGCGAACCCACAAUCACCAAGGUUACAAGAGUUGUCGAGGGCAAACCCGCUAUCACCAAGGUUACAAGAGUUGUCAAGGGUGAGCCUGCCUUCAACAAGGUUACCAGGGUCAUCGAGGGACAACCAAGCAUUACCAAGGUUACCAGGGUCAUAGAGGGAGUGCCUUCCAUCACAAAGGUCACCAGAGUUAUUGAGACUCCCCGUGGUUCCUCCGAUGGAAGGCUGAAGACUGAAGGAGACAUCAACGAGAUGCUUGAGGAAGGCCCGGAAUUCUCUAAGAUCACCACCAUCCACGGCAACCCGGAAAUGAUCGACCAAGAGUCAGAGAGGAUCACCAAACUAAUCCAAGGUGGAGGUGGUAUAGGGGCCCCUGCCAAAAGAGCUCCUGUUGGUGUAAGGAGGAGGAAGGUAAGGCUGGUUAGACGCCACAACAACCAAAAGUCACAUCCAGCCAAGACCAGUCCAUACCAGUCCAGGCCUGCCCAGUCCAUAUCAGUCCAGCCAUGACCAGUCCAUAUCAGUCCAGUCCUGACCCGCCCAGACCAG